CCAGUGCAGGGCUCCAUCCUAUGAACUGUGGGAUCGUGAUCGGAGCCAAAAUCAAGAGCCAGACACUUAACUGAAUAAGCCACUCAGGCACCCCCAGGAUUUUAUCAGUCUUUUGACUUUUAGCGAAUUUGGGGGAAAAAAUGUUAGCAGUCAAUCCCUAACAAAAGUGAGUCAAUGUGAAAAUACCAGUAUCAGACAAAAGAGAAUUCAAGCCAAAUGGAUUUUGGCAGAGUGAUAUUUUAUUUUGAUAAACCACCCUCUAGCAAGAAAAUAAAACAUCCAUACGCCUUCAUGUAUUAUAAUUAUGUAAAUAUAUAAUGGCAAUUUUAUAUGAUUCAAUAUAUAUUUUACUACAUAGCUACAAAAACUAUAAUGCAAAGAUUCAGAAAUACAAGGAUAAAUUGCUAACUCUGUACUUAUCACAGAAAUCUUCGAAACAUUUUUUUCAAAGAUGAGCAGAUCGGGAAGAAUCCAUAAGGAUAAAGAGGAUUUGAAUAGCAUAACAACAAGCUUGACCUACGAAAUGGAUGCAGAUAAACAAAAUGUAAAUUUCUUUGCAGAUUCCAAUGGCAUAGUUAGUACCUACCAGCAUACACAUAAGCAUCUUAGAUUAAUUGAAAACGUAAGUUGCCUGGGAAUAGUGAUUAAUAUUUCAGUAUAUUAAUAGUUUAUGUUAUAUCCUAAGGAAAGUCAGCAAGAGUAGGAGAAGUAAACAGGAAAAGGCAAGGUGUUUCCGUCAUGUUUUGUGAACAGAGGAAAGCCAGCCAUGAGAAAGAGUGCCUAGUCUCCUGUGGGACUCCCGUGGGACAGCAGAGACCCCCGUGUGCCAGACCUGCUCUGAGCCCCAGGCCCUGUGCUGUCAGAACUCCUCUGUUUCUGGGUUAAGGAGCUCAGGCUACGCAGAUGCGGCUUGAGAAACACAGCCUCCUAAUCCAGGGGAGUAAGAAGGCUUAGACGUGGGGCCAGGGCGGGAGAGAGCAGAGGAAAGACUGUCUUCAGGAGUGGGGCCUACGUGUGAGGGAGUCACCCUGACUAUGCCAUCUCUCCCUUCACAUCCUCCUCACAGGCCUGAUCUGAUGGUGGUCAAGAGGUGCCUACUGAUGUGAGGUGGGGAGCCCUGAAGGCUUGGCCACGGCUGUGGAUGUCACCGCUGCCUUUCUGGGACAAGCAAACAAUUGACUCUCCCUCAGACCUGCUGUCUGCGUCCUGCAGAAACCUUGUACAUACACUAUGGGAAGUGGUACCUCAACCCAACAUCAUUUUGCUUUCCAGAAUGCAGAGAAAGCCUUCAAGGCGGCAGCCCUGAUCCAGAGAUGGUACCGACGCUACAUGGCGCGCCUGGAGAUGAGGCGGCACUGCACCUGGCGCAUCUUCCAGUCUAUAGAGUACGCGGGACAGCAAGACCAGGUCAAGCUCCAUGAUUUCUUCAGCUACCUUGUGGAUCACUUCACCCCCAACAGCAACCAUGAGAGGGACUUCCUGGACCGCAUGUUCACCGAGGACAGAUUCCCCCAGGGCUCUGAGAUGGAGAAAUUCGGUGACUAUGAAUCUAUAGAAGUCCCUGACAAUUACACGGGACCACGCCUCUCCUUCCCACUCCUUCCUGACCACGCAACUGCCCUGGUGGAAGCUUUCAGACUGAAACAGCAGCUCCAUGCUCGCUAUGUCUUGAAUCUUUUGCAUGAAACCAGGAAACACCUGAUACAACUGCCAAACAUCAACCGGGUCUCCACCUGUUACAGCGAGGAGAUCACAGUGUGCGGAGAUUUACAUGGCCAGUUGGAUGACUUAAUAUUUAUAUUUCAUAAGAAUGGCCUCCCGUCACCAGAGAGGGCCUACGUCUUCAAUGGUGACUUCGUUGAUCGGGGCAAGGAUUCAGUAGAGAUCCUGAUGGUUCUUUUUGCCUUCAUGUUGGUUUACCCAAAAGAGUUCCAUCUUAAUCGAGGAAACCAUGAGGACCAUUUGGUGAACUUACGAUACGGCUUUACCAAGGAAGUGAUGCAUAAAUAUAAGACACAUGGCAAGAAAAUACUAAAAAUACUGAAAGAUGUUUUCUGUUGGCUUCCUCUGGCCACUCUGGUUGAUGAGAAGGUCCUGAUUCUUCAUGGCGGAGUGUCAGACAUGACCGACCUGGAACUCUUGGCUAAACUAGACAGGCACAAGAUUGUUUCCACCAUGAGGCACAAAACGAGAAAGGAGAACGGGAAACAGGUGAAGAAGGAGGAAGCCAACCAGAAGAGCUCCGCAGGGAGACCCACCCCGUGGUUUCUCCCCCAGAGCCGCUCUCUCCCCGCUUCGCCCCUUCGCCUGGGCUCCCUCCAGGCCCACAGAGCCGGCCGCUCGUCCAGCAUUCCCUGUGGCGCCGCCCGGGAUGCGAAGGAGCUAGCCCGGCAGGUGCGGCGCUCCGUGGACCUGGAGCUGGACAGGUGCCGGCAGCAAGCAGGCUUGCCUGUGAGCCGGGGGGAGGAGGAGGCCUCGCCGUGCACGCCAGAAGCGGAUUCAGGAGCAGAGGAGCCGCUGGAGCCCACGCAGGAGGAGUGGAGGCAGGUGGUAGAUAUACUGUGGAGUGAUCCCAUGGCUCAGGAGGGCUGUAAGGCCAACACUGUUCGAGGAGGAGGCUGUUAUUUUGGACCCAAUGUGACAGAACGGUUGCUACAGAAAUACAACCUGCAAUUCCUGAUCCGCUCACACGAGUGCAAACCUGAAGGCUAUGAGUUCUGCCACAGCCGCAAGGUGUUAACCAUCUUUUCUGCCUCCAACUACUAUGAAGUUGGCAGCAACAGAGGGGCCUAUGUCAAACUGGGGCCAGCCCUGACCCCGUACAUCGUGCAGUAUCAAGCUAACAAGGUGACCCAUAUGCUGACCAUGAGGCAAAGGAUUAGCAGAGUAGAGGAGUCAGCUCUGAGAGCUCUGCGGGAAAAGUUAUUUGCUCAUUCCUCAGAUCUUCUUGGUGAAUUUAAGAAGCAUGAUGCAGAUAAAACUGGUUUAAUCACCCUUAGUGACUGGGCAGAAGCCGUGGAGUCUGUGUUGCACCUAGGACUGCCAUGGCGGAUGCUGAGGCCACAGCUGGUGAACAGCUCAACGGAUAACACAUUGGAGUACAAGUCCUGGCUGGAGGAUUUGGCCAAAGAACAACUGAACCGUGAGAACAUACAGUCAAGUUUGCUGGAAACACUGUAUCGAAACCGAUCCAACCUGGAGACCAUUUUUAGGAUCAUAGACAGUGAUCAUUCAGGGUUCAUCUCACUGGACGAAUUCAGGCAUACUUGGAAGCUGUUCAGCUCUCAUAUGAACAUCAACAUCACAGAUGACUGCAUCUGUGACCUUGCACGGAGCAUUGACUUCAACAAGGAUGGCCACAUCGACAUCAAUGAAUUCCUGGAGGCCUUCCGCCUUGUAGAGCAAUCCUGCUCAGAGGGCAAUGCCUCAGAUUGCCCACAAACCACAAACACUAAUGACAAUGGCUGCAGCAAACCAGGCACACACUAAGAGCAGCCUGGUGUUCAUUGCCCACGGUGCCUCAUAACCGAUACUGCACUUGUCGCUGGAAGAGCUCCUUUAUUCUCCAUAGAUAUGUGGAAUUUUAUGCUGAGAAUUUGCCUACCAGUGUGCAUCAGAAUCACCUAUUUGGGUGUGUGGGGGGUGUGUGUGUUUAAAUAUAUAGGUAACCCAUCCUUGUCUCAGAAGUUUCACAAGGUAAGACCCAAGUAUAAAUAUUUUUAAAUUCUGAAGUCUACCCCAGUUAAGAACCACUGAUAAUUCAACCCCCUCACUGUUUUCAUUUUAUACCUUUAACUUAUUGUUUUUAAAAUGUUGUAUUGAGGGACACCCGAGUGGCUCAGUUAAGCAACUCAGGGUCACGAGUUCAAGUCCCAUAUUGGGCAAUGCGC